UGUCGCGUGCGUUAAUCGUCACUGCUAAUAUGGAAAUUGAAAGCUGUAGUUUUUGCUCCACUGGCUCUUGUGUCCCGUAUCAACUAGUCGUCUUAGGGAAAAGAACUGCAACUCCCAAACAGACCGUCCACUGAAAAUGUUACGUAAUACUUCCUCAGCGCAGCUAUCGCCGCCUCUCACCUUCUGUUUGCUAAGUAGCUAUCUGUACGGGAAAGUGGGUGUAAUGGAUAUAUGCGGACACUAACCUUAGCGAAAUAACGUGCCUGGCAAAAACAUAAUCCCCCUUAAAACCACAACCAUGUUUGCCCGCUCACGGAGCUGGGUUGGAGGACAGGGGAGAACGAAAAACAUCCACUCCUUGGACCAUCUGAAGUAUAUGUACCAUGUCCUGACCAAAAACACCACAGUGACAGACCACAACAGAAACCUACUGGUAGAGACCAUCCGCUCCAUCACAGAGAUCCUCAUCUGGGGGGACCAGAAUGACAGCUCUGUGUUUGACUUCUUCCUGGAGAAGAACAUGUUUGCCUUCUUCCUUAACAUCCUGCGUCAGAAGUCGGGACGCUAUGUCUGCGUCCAGCUCCUCCAGACCCUCAACAUACUGUUUGAGAACAUCAGCCAUGAGACGUCCUUAUAUUACCUCUUGUCGAACAACCACGUGAACUCCAUCAUCGUCCACAAGUUUGACUUCUCAGACGAGGAGAUCAUGGCCUACUAUAUCUCCUUCCUCAAGACCCUGUCACUGAAACUCAACAACCACACCGUGCAUUUCUUCUACAAUGAGCACACUAAUGACUUUGCCCUGUACACCGAGGCCAUUAAGUUUUUCAACCACCCUGAAAGCAUGGUCCGCAUCGCAGUCCGCACCAUCACACUCAACGUCUACAAAGUUUCAUUGGACAACCAGCACAUGCUGCACUACAUCCGGGAUAAGACAGCAGUCCCAUAUUUCAGCAACUUGGUGUGGUUUAUUGGCAGCCAUGUCAUUGAAUUGGACAAGUGUGUGCAGACAGAUGAAGAACAUAAGAACAGGGGGAAGUUAAGUGACCUGGUAGCAGAGCACCUUGACCACCUUCACUACCUGAACGACAUUCUCAUUAUAAACUGCGAAUUCCUUAAUGACGUCUUGACAGACCACCUCCUCAACCGUCUGUUCCUGCCCCUCUAUGUGUACUCUUUGGUUAGCCCUGAGACGUCUGAAGAGCGAAAAAUCAACCCUCAGGUGUCCCUCUACCUGCUGUCUCAAGUGUUUCUGAUCAUCCACUAUCAGCCACUGGUCAACGCCCUGGCCGACGUUAUUCUAAAUGGGGACCUGUCUGUCUUCACCUCACAGACAGACAUACACAGCACCCAUAAGAACACGGCCAGUGCAGGAGGCGUGCGUCGGUUCAGCAAGCCCCCGGAGUCUCUGGAGCGCUCCCUUGAGAUGUCCCGACACCGCGGUCGCAAGAGGACCCAGAAGAGGCCAAACUACAAGAACUUGGGCGAGGAGGAGGAUGAUGAAAGGGCUGGGGGAGGGGGAGGAAGCGGUGGACUUGGAGGAGAGGAGAGCUGGGAUGAUAACAGCAGAGGAGGAGAGAGGGAGGGAGGCCGAGAGAGGGAGAAGGGAAAAGGUACAGAGGGAGUAGGAGGAGGAGGAGGAGGAGGAGGUGGAGGUGGGAGUUCUAAGGGAAGCAGAGCGAGUGGGGAGACAGCGGAAGAGAUAGAGAUGGUGGUGAUGGAGAAGUGUAAGGUGUCCGAGCUGACAGAGCAGAACAUCACUGACGAGGAGAAGACCGCUGCAGCCACCCGCACACACACACAGAGGAGCAGACCAUUCUUAGACAUGGUGUACAGUGCCCUCGACUGCACCAGCGAUGACUACCACGCCCUGUUUGUCCUCUGCCUGCUUUAUGCUGUCUCACACAGCAAAGGUAUAAACCAAGAUCUUCUGGAGCGGCUGCAGCUGCCGGUUCCUGAACGGGAGAGGAGCUCAUACAGCCUGGUGCUGGUAGAGAGACUAAUCAGAGUUAUGAGCCAGGCAGCGCAGCCAGAUGGUAAAGUGCGUCUAGCUACACUGGAGCUGGGCUGCCUUUUAUUAAAGCAGUCUGUGCUGUCUGGAAACCACUGUAUAAUCAAAGAUGUUCAUCUCGCCUGCCUGGAGGGUGCAAGAGAAGAAAGUCUGCAUUUACUGCGGAGAUUCUACAAGGGAGAGGAGAUCUUUCUGGACAUGUUUGAAGAUGAAUACAGGAGUAUGACGAGUAAACCGCUGAACGUAGAGUAUCUAAUGAUGGAUGCCUCAAUACUGCUGCCACCCACCGGCACCCCUUUGACCGGCAUUGACUUUGUUAAGAGACUUCCCUGUGGAGAUGUGGAGAAGACACGCAGGGCAAUCCGUGUGUUCUUCAUGUUGCGGUCGCUGUCACUUCAGCUUCAGGGAGAACCUGAGACACAGCUGCCUCUGACCAGACCUGAAGACCUUAUCAAGACAGAUGAUGUCUUAGACCUCAAUAACAGUGACCUAAUAGCCUGUAUGGUGGUCAGUAAAGAUGGUGGCCAGGCCCAGAGGUUCCUCGCUGUAGAUGUGUAUCAGAUGAGUCUGGUCGAACCGGAAACCAAACGUCUUGGAUGGGGUGUAGUAAAGUUUGCCGGACUCUUGCAAGACAUGCAGGUGUCUGGUGUUGAGGACGACAGCAGAGCGUUGAACAUUGUCAUCCAUAAGCCCAGCUCCAACCCCCAUGCCAAGCCCCUGCCCAUCCUGCAGGCCAACUUCAUCUUCGCUGACCACAUCCGCUGCAUCAUCGCCAAGCAGAGGCUGGCCAAAGGUCGCAUCCAGGCCCGACGCAUGAAGAUGCAGAGGAUCGCUGCUCUGUUGGACCUGCCAGUGCAGCCCAGUGCAACAGAUGUUUUGGGUUUUGGUCAGACAGCCAGCGCUUCACCCAGCGGCCUGCCUUUCCGAUUCUACGAGCAGUCAAGACGGGCCCCUAAUGACCCCACAGCAAAUAGAUCAGUCUUUGCCUCCGUUGAUAAAGUACCAGGUUUUGCUGUGGCUCACUGCGUGUCGCAGCACAGUCCCUCGCCUCUCUCCUCCCCCUCGCCUCCCUCCAGUGGGAGUGGAAGCACAGGAAGAUGUGACUCUGUUACUGCAAGCACUAUAUCAGCUCAGAGCCCCACAGAUGAAGGUACGUUUUUGGAGCACACCCCGCCCUCCUCCUCGGGCGGAGAAGGGGAAGGAGGAGGUGGAGAAGCAACGCUAGCCUCCUCUACUCCUUCGACCCCAGUCACUGCUCCGGCCCUGGCCCCAAGCCUCACCCCGGCCUCGCAGCCCACCAUCUCCCUCCUCACAGACAACAAUGCUGAGACCCUCAGCGUGGAGUCGCUCACGCUGCUACCCCCUGCUGACUCACCGCACUUGCACCCAUGCGCCAGCCACAUUCCCAUGAUGCACUCCCUCCAGAGACCAGACGCCACCAUCGCGGAGGAGGAGGAGGAGGAGGAAGACAAAGAGGGGGAUAGGAAAGGAGAGCAAAGAGAAGAGGAGGAGCUGCAAGAGGAGGAAGGGUCACCAAUGGAUGAGACAGAGACAGAUGCGACGCUAAAAGAGGAAACCACGACGACGGAGUUGGUCACACCCACUGACGAAGCACCAGAGGAACCAGAGGGAAGAGACGAGCCAGAAGGUGAGGUCCUGCUCUCUGCUGCAGAGCUGCAAGAAAGAGACGACUCUGUAGAGAAGACAAGAGAUGCAGAGACGCACACUGAAACACCAGACUCACCUGAACUGGAUUAAGCAACACACACACACACACACACACACACACACACACACACACACACACACACACACACACACACACACACACACACACACACACACACACACACACACACAAACACACCAUACAUACAGUACACACAGUCAGCUGCACUAGCCUUUUAGCCACUGUAUGUUCAGACUGCCUCUGGGUAGGUAUGUGUGUUCCACAUGUGGUUUAGUUCUCAUUCUUCCACAUGUAAAGCAAUGAUCCAUUCAUAUCCCAUUUGAUAAUUGGUGUCUAUUAUAGAACAUGUGUUAAAUCAUCUGCAACAUCUUGAGCAAGGAGGCAGCAGGUAUCAAACUGUAGAAGUUAAUUUAAUGUUAACCUAAUCUUUUUUUUAAAGCCGCAUCUCCUGCUCUACCAGUGACCAUUUUCAUUACUUCAUGUGGGAAAGCAACUUGAGGUGUGUGAAAGCCGCUUUUUAAUGGGGAUCAUAACCAGCACACAGUUGGCUUACAUCAUUGUAAGUGUCUUGGGCCGACAGGUUUUGGAAAAGGUGGACCCGCGGGUUGCUUGAAUGCAGCGUUGAGAAGCACGUUUUUUCAGAUAUGCAAAAGAAAUCAAUUCACUUUGAGCUCAGUUUGAUUGGCUUUUAUUUCAACUUCCAUUACAGCAUCAAUGACUUCUUUGCGAAAUCCGUGGUUCAUAGCCGGCACGGAUUCGAUAAUGUGUGUUCAUUUGCAGAAGUAGUUCAGCUGUCAGCAGCCUGACCAAUUGUUUGAGAGAUCUGAAUGGAGCAAAGGCUGCUGAAUAAGAAGUACAGUAGAUAUAUAUAAUGCAGAGCAGUUCACCAAGUAGUAGUAGUAAGUGACUGAGUGACUUGAGUCAAUCCAUGCACUGAUUCAUUCAUGCUUUUUAUACAUGGAGCAGUUCACCCUUUGGCAACACAGGUGUACUCAAAUAUAACAUGAUUUAACAUGCUGUUUUACUGGUUUAACUAGGGUAUUUCAGAUUGUUUGAUUAUAUUUAGAAAAAUAGAUAAGAAAAGUUCCAUUUGCUUGACUAAAUGAAACUCUGUCAGCUUCACAGGGUGAUGCAGUAUAAUAGCGAUCUGUGAUGUUCAACUUCAAAGAGUCAUGAGAAAGCUUUUGAAAUAACAUCCAUGUCAUCGGGUCUGCACAUCGCCACAACAACACUGGGUUGAAUGUAUCAGCUAGUUGCCUCUCAGAGCUCAGUUUUAUUCUAUAUGUGCUUUUAUAGUUUUACUCUAAAAUGCAUUCAACUCUCCAGUGACUGUUGGGAGCAUUCUCACUCAAAUUUGAUAAACUGUUUGUCAAAACAAGUUUUGUUUUUUGGUUUUUUUGGGGGGGGUUUUCCCCAUCCAGCGGCUGGAGAGCCAUAAAGUAUCCUUUCUCCAGGAAUGAAAAGUAGGAGUAUAAUGUGGUUUAUAUCUCCCAAAAAAACCAAAAACAUGAAGUUUGGAUCAUAUUUUUAUCCCAAAGUGAGCCCAUAGCCGUGUUUAAAACCUGGAAUUAUCGAAGUUAUAACCCAAAGAGAGACAAAAGCACUCUUGCAAAACCAACAUUUGGAUUUAUUUCAGUUUUGGGAAACCAGAUGCUGUCCUGAGGUCGGCCUGUAGAGGCAAACCCCCUCGUCAACCUCUUCCUUUAAUCAGCUAAGUAAAGUUUUACUACUGCAGCAAUCUUAAGAGCUAACCAGUGAGGGGAGAGAUGAAUGUAACAGACAACUUAUCUCUCCAAACAGAAGUGUUAUUUGAUCAAUUUGGAAAAAGUGGGAUCAGUGUAUUUUAUCCUUGAUUCAUGACUUGAUUGAUCUCUUAGGAACAAAGUACACACACAGAUUGUUUAAAACAUGUUUCUCCCCGUGUCCUAAUCUUUUCUUAAUCCUUUUAAUCUUGCUGCUUUUCUCUUCCACCUUUGCUCUCCAGCUCACUCUCUUCUUUUCUGCGCCAUCAUCAAACAACUGAAGUCUUAAUGCUCGAUCAUUGUUAUUUUUUUAACUCUGUACAGCCAUCAACAAAUUUAUAAAUGAGAAAUUCAUAGCAAUACUUUUUUUUUUUUUUUUUUUGAGUCUGUCUCUUAGUAUUUCCAUCUUGCUAGUGUAAAUAGUGGAAGAAUGAUAGUGAUAUCACUGACAUGCUGAAGGGGCUUGGCACAAUUUGUAGAGCUGACACUGAUGGUUUGGGGGAACACGCCGCCAUCUUGUCUUCCAACAUGGUGGCGUGUUGUCUGUAAUCCCUGGCAACCUCUAUCAAAACGUGCCAUGUCAAGGUUCCAUUAUUAAGUCUCUGAUUGUAAUGUGCGUGUAUGUAAUAUGUUUGUAUGCUCUGUAAAUGCUUUUGGCUUUUAAAACUGUAAUUAUUGUUAAUGACCUAAAAGAGAGGAAUAAAUAACGAACUGCAAUAAAUUAUUCUACUAAACAGUGA